AUGGCUGAGCAGCUGGUCCUUCGCGGUACCCUCGAGGGUCACAAUGGCUGGGUUACUUCCCUGGCUACCUCUUUGGAGAACCCCAACAUGCUGCUCUCUGGCAGUCGCGACAAGACCCUGAUCAUCUGGAACCUUACCCGCGACGAGCAGGCCUACGGUUACCCCAAGCGCAGCCUCGAGGGUCACUCUCACAUCGUCUCUGACUGUGUGAUCUCCUCCGACGGUGCCUACGCUCUGUCUGCCUCCUGGGACAAGUCUCUCCGCCUCUGGGAGCUCGCUACCGGCGAGACCACCCGUACCUUCGUUGGCCACACCAACGACGUCCUCUCCGUCUCCUUCUCCGCCGACAACCGCCAGAUUGUCUCCGCUUCUCGUGACCGCAGCAUCAAGCUCUGGAACACCCUCGGUGACUGCAAGUUCACCAUCACCGACAAGGGCCACACCGACUGGGUCUCCUGCGUCCGCUUCAGCCCCAACCCCCAGAACCCUGUCAUCGUCUCCGCUGGUUGGGACAAGCUCGUCAAGGUUUGGGAGCUCGCCUCCUGCCGCCUCCAGACCGACCACAUCGGUCACACCGGCUACAUCAACACCGUCACCAUCUCCCCCGAUGGAUCCCUCUGCGCCUCCGGUGGCAAGGACGGUACCACCAUGCUCUGGGAUCUCAACGAGUCCAAGCACCUCUACUCUCUCCACGCUGGCGAUGAGAUCCACGCUCUCGUCUUCUCCCCCAACCGCUACUGGCUCUGCGCUGCCACCGCCAGCAGCAUCACCAUCUUCGACCUCGAGAAGAAGAGCAAGGUUGAUGAGCUCAAGCCCGAGUACAUCGAGAAGGGCAAGAAGAGCCGCGAGCCCGAGUGUGUCAGCUUGGCCUGGAGCGCUGACGGCCAGACUCUCUUCGCUGGUUACACUGACAACAAGAUCCGUGCCUGGGGUGUCAUGUCGAGGGCAUAA